AUGAUUACAAGACCUCAAAAAAGAAAUUACUUUCAAAAUGAACUACCUAAUGAAGUUGUGAUAUAUGUUUUUAAAUAUGUUAAAAAUCCUAUGAAUUUAAUUGUAAGUUGUAAAAGAUGGUCUUUUAUAUGUAAAGAUUCUCAAGCGAAGGCGGAAUGGAUUAUUUAUCAAUUUGGGCGAGCUCAUAGCCUUUUUUAUGCUAUUAGAUUAGGACCUACAUUUAUCUCUGUUGAUGUCGCUCGUGCUAUUAUUACUAAAGGUGGAAUUCUUUCGAGAUACUUUGUACAACGUCUUCUCAUUCACUAUGGAAAUUAUGACCGAAAGCUUGUUGAAUUAAAGAUUGUUCAUAGUGCAGGACAAACAGAUAUUGAUAGUAUUAAGACUUCGCAGCAAAAAAUGAUCCCAUGGGCGAAUGAAAUCAGGGAUUUAAUAUUGAUUACGAAAUUUAUACCAUUUCCACCAAAAGAAGGAUAUGAAAAUAAUAGGCAACUUAACUUAAUUGCGCGGACAAUUUUGAUCUGUAAAGAUCUUGUACUUUUAUGGAAAAAAAUCGGUUACUAUGAAAUUUGUGAGGACUUCAAUGACCUUGUAAUGCAAGGAGCUCUUCAAAUGCUUUUCCCACCAGCACAACCUCCAGAAUGGACUAAACCUGAUAUUAAAACUGUCAAGGCACGACUUACUGAAUUAAUUGACUUAGGGUUUCAAUUAAAUGAUAGUAUUAUUCUCGAUAUAUUCCACCUUUUUGAAAGUCGAUUGGAUGAAAUUGGAAAGAUUUUAAUUGACUCUUUUACAGACAUUAAACAAGAAACACAAGAUCUUUUCUUACGUAGAUGUUUAGCUGAAUCACAAAAUCCUGCAAAAAACUUUACAAAUAUUACGAGUUUCUUUAACAAGUAUUUAUCCAACACAGCAGGAAAAGAAUUCA